GUAUUUUGAAAGUGAUAUGUGCUACAUAAGAAAUCUGUAUGUCGACUUCUAAAAUGGCAUAAAAUGAUUGUUUUUUAAAAAUGUAGUUGUUAAAACUAUCCUGUAUCGACCGCAAUGAGGUUUUCUUUUUGCAGUACAGCAAGGCCCAUAAAUAUAGUAGAGCAAGGCACAAUGGACUUCAUAUGACGACAUAAUAGUGUAUAUUAUCAAGAAAAGACAAGGUUCAAGAUCUAAGCGUGGUUAUUAAUUGCUUGAAGCUGUAGUUACACCCUUAUCUUGUAGUCUGAAUGUUAGCUACACAAAAUGUUAGCAGUCAAAAGAGAAAACAAAUUAAUUUAGGCAGCUAGCUACAUCGCAAGUUUCCACUAUUGUCAUAACAAUACCACAGUGCUGAUAAAAGAGAAUAUAACUACCAGAACAACUAGGAAAUUAUUGUAAAUGCAAAACAAUGCUCUGAAGCAACAAGAACCACGCACUCGCAUCAUCGGAGUUUUAGAAUACUAUGGCAGAUCCACAUUACUGGAUAUACUCCAUAAUCCAAUACACAGCAAUCUACCUCGGGAUCCAAAAAAACUUUUCAAAUUACUUAAAUCAAGUCAUAUUAAAAAAUUGGAAGCUUUAAAAAAGAAAGGAAUUAUAAAGUCAAAACAAUGGAAUUUAAUCUUUCCACCCAAUAUUAACGAAACAGAUUCUGGAAAUUUUGACUUAACGCUAUUUCGAAUAUUGAUACAAACGUGUACUUCCCUCCCUCCUCCAACCAACGGAUGGACCAAAUCUCUAGCUAAACAAGAUAAAUCUACAGCUGCAUACGUUUUAAGGCUUGUUUCUUUUCGCAACGAUUUGUACCAUUCAUCGUCCAUCGCCCUGAGCAACGAAAUGUUUAAUCAGCUAUGGAAAAAAUUAACAAAGUAUUUGGACCGUUUAGGUUGUAUUACUGAUGUUCAGCAUCUAAAAGCGUCACCAUUAGAUUGUUUGGGAAUUGAUCAUGUAAAAGCUGAACAAAAGAUUUUGAAGAUACAACAACCAAAGUUAAGAGUAGAGCAAGAACGCCAAAAAAAGAAGAUCGUGGGAAUUACUUUCGCAAUUGUUGCCAUUUUGGUGUAUUGUUUCUAUAAAAGUGAAUGGACCAAAAGAAUGUCGGAUCGUGAUGAAGAUUAAAAUCAUCGUAUAGAAAAAGCUACAAUCACACUUAAGAAAUAUUAUUUGGACAGUAUUGGAAAAGAAAAUGUUGAUAGAAUAAGUCAGACGAUUAGAAAUCAACAAAGAUUCUAUGUUGAUCUAGCUGUCGUGGACAGUUUCGAAGUCGAUGUUAAUAACUCCAAGACAGCAAGAGAUUUUCACAUUCAGCAGCAUUUGAGUGCAAGAGGAACAUAUAAAAUCACAGAAUUGUUAGAUGACAGCAGUCAGAUAACAUCACUUCGUGGAAUAGGUGGCAUUGAAAAAACGUUUAUGAUGAAAACAGUUGCUUUGCACUGGGCGCAAGGUCGUAUCUGGAAA